AACAAAAUGGUGGUACAACGUGUUAUGAAAAUAAAACGUAAUAUUGAUUGAUACGAUUUGUUUGCAAAAAUACAUUUUGAGAGACACCUUAUUUUGAUUUGACAAUGGGUUCAAAAAAGCAUAAGAAAGAAUCUAAAAAGAAGAAGCACAGGAGUAGGUCCCGCUCGCCUUUAGACAACGAGGAACGUGAGAGGAAAAGGCACAAGAAACACAAGGAUCGUAAGAAGGACCGCUCUCCAGACGUUGAGGAGGUACCCGUGGAUUCUCAUCUACAGAAGACAGACAAUGGUGUAGAGAGAGUAGUGGAGCGCAGCAGCUCCAGCUCUGAGCCAGAGCGGGAGAAAGAACGUGAACGGGAGCGGGAUCGCCGCCUGCGCGCACACAGGGAGGAUGGGGAGGGACACAGCUAUGAGCGCGAUGUCGAGCGCGAGCGUACACGCGACCGUGAGCGCGAGGUGGAGCGCGAGCGCCCGCGGGAGCGAGAGCGGGAGCGGGCACAUGAGCGGGAGCGGGUUCAUGAGCGCGAAAAGCCACAGGAGCGAGCGCGGGAUAAGUCCCCGGAGAACGCGGCCGGCGGCGGGGCGCAGGAGAGCCUCUCCAUCGAGGAGACCAACCGCCUGCGCGCUAAAUUGGGCCUGAAGCCGCUUGAAGUCAACGAGCCACCUGCUGAGGACGGCAAGAUAAAGGACGACCUCGGCGAGUUCUACCACAAGCCGGCGGCGAACAUCGCGCAGCAGAAGAAGUCCGAAAAGAUCCGCGAGCGGCUCGAGCAGCGCAAAGAGAAGAGGAAGAUUGAACAGAAGUUACAAAUUACAACUCUCGGCGAAGGAUCAGACGAUGAGGACGCGUCGGCCUGGGUGCAGAAGUCUCGGGAAAUUCAGAAGCAAAAACAAGAAGCUGCCAAGAGGGCGGCCUUGCUGGACGAGAUGGACGCGGUGUUCGGCGUGUCGGCGCUGCUGGACGAAGGGGGCCGCCCGCGCCGCUACGACGCCGCCGCGCUGCGCGGGCUGCGCGUCGCGCACGACAUCCACGCCAUCGCGGACGAACGCGAGACGAUCCUGACGCUGGCUGACAAGCCGGUGCUGGCCGAGGACGACGAGGAUGUACUCGUCAACGUGAACAUCGUCGACGACGAGAAGUAUAAGAAGAACUUAGAGGAGCGCAAGAAGGCGCGCGCCGGCUACCAGGCGUACGACGACGAGGCGGAGCUGGAGGCGGCGGCGCUGGGCAUGCGCAGGCCCGUGCUGGCCAAGUACGACGACGAGCUGCGCCGCGGCACGGACGACAAGAGCCGCGGCUUCCUCAUCGGAGACGACGACGCCCUCGAUGCCCAGAGGUUCCGCGAUAUCAUGAGACAAGAGCGCCUCCAGGGCGGGCCCGACAAGCGGCUAGAGUCGCUGCGCAUGCCGGAGCUGCGCGUCGCCUCCGAGUACCUCGACGAGCGCGAGAUCGAGACCAAGUUCAAGAAGCCCAAGAAGAAGGGUAAAAUGCGUAAGAAAGCCAAAGAGGAGCCUAUCGACGUGGACGACUACGACGCGGGCACUGGCCCGCUGCUCACUGACGACACAGACGUGAAGCCGAGCUCGCUGGCGGCGCCGCUGGCUGUGGACGAGGAGGAGGUGGAGCCCGACAGCGAGCUGCAGGCGGCGCUGGCCCGCGCCAGGCGCCUGCGGCAGGCCGAGCGCGCCGCGCACGUGCCCAAGGUGGAAGACAUCCUGGAGCGCGUGAAAGAGGAGCCGGGCGCCGCGGAGGAGCCCGACACGGGCGACGGCAUGGUGCUGGACGCCACGGCCGAGUUCUGCCGCACGCUGGGGGACAUCCCCACCUACGGGCUGGCCGGGAACAGGCACCACCACGCAGAGAUACUUGAUUUCGAGCAAGAAAUGGAGACAGAGGAGCCUGAGAGUGAGAGUAACGCUGGCGCGUGGAGCCGCGUCGAUGUGGGCAGUGAGAAGCCGCCGGAUCUCACCGCCGGCAGCAGCGUGGGGCUGGAGGCGGAGCCGGCGCUGGGCGCGGGCGUGGCGGGCGCGCUGCAGCUGGCGCUCAGCAAGGGCUACCUGGAGAAGGCCGGCGCCGCGCCCGCGCCGCGCCACGUGCUCAACCACCUGCUCACCGCGCGGCACUACUCCAUCGAGGACAAGACCGCCGCCGGCGAGGACGACAAGUACGGGCGGCGCGAGCGCGGCGGGCACUCGGGCCCGCUGGUGGAGUUCCGCGAGAAGGCGUCGUUCCGGCCCAACAUCAAGCUGGAGUACGUGGACGACGACGGCCGCCCGCUCUGCCCCAAGGAGGCCUUCCGCUACCUCUCGCACAAGUUCCACGGCAAGGGCCCCGGCAAGAACAAGCAGGAGAAGCGCAUCAAGAAGGCCGUGCAGGAAGGGCUAAUGAAGAAGAUGAGUUCAACGGACACGCCGCUGGGGACACUGCAGAUGUUGCAGGAGAAGCAGCGGGAGACACACUCGCCAUACAUCGUGCUCAGCGGCACCAAGCGCGAGCCCAACACAUAGACACACGUAGGCACGAGCUGGUGCCCGCUGCUGACGCCGCCUCUGACGCCAGCACUGCUCGGCUAUCAUCUUGUGACAUUAACAGGGUGAACCAUCUCCUAACAAACAACUAUCAGAAAAUGACGUCUCCUAGGAAGACGCGGUUACUUCUUAUAGCACGCAUAGCCGUGCUAUUCUUAAUACGAAACUAACGGUGUUCCUUGCUAUGGUUUCUACCAUGAAACAACUUGUUCUCUCAACACUACACCGCAAAGUUUCGUAUCAAAGUAAGCUGAAACUGAUGUGUAUUAAUAACAGUCGUGAUAACUUAGUUCGGGCUUUUAGAAAUACCUUCGACAUGAAGCGUUUUCUGUUACAAGCACAAUAUAACCGUAUUUUAGCCAUCCUGUGUCUAGAGACUUCUAAACAAACGCCUGUAAUGCUAUUACGAGCGAUAUACUGUAAGAGAAACAUAAUAUAGUCAGUAGAAAGUUUAGACGCGUGUUCAGAUGCUACAAUAAGUGUAAUUUCUCUUUCAAGUGCACUUUGAAACCGUUUCUUUUCCAAACGAGAGUGAUACGGAAAUAUUAAUUGUACAACAUUGCAAUAAUACCCAUUCCUAGGAUAUCUUUUAUUAAUAAAUAAAAUUAUCGUAGAAUA